GAAAAACUGUAAACAGUUUAGAAAAAUUCCUAUAAGGCUUUAAAAUCCAUACGGUGUUUAAAGUGCAGAAAAUAAAACUAAAGAUUAAAUAAAGACACUGGACAGGAAGAUGUCCAGCACUGACAUCACAGUGUAUGCUGUAAACAAUCCUCCUCGCAGCAAAGAAAAAGAUCCUCAUUUGAGUGAUAAGGAGUCUCCUCUGACUGUUGCUCUGUUUGGAAACUCAACAUCAGUUCAAUUUGGUCAUGAUAACACUCUUCUGGGAGAAGAAUCACAUCCUCUUAAAGAAUUCUCAAGGAUUGAUCCCGUACAGAUGAAGAUAUCAGAACAUAAUGUCUCGGUCAUCAACAUGCUUGACUUCACUGAACGUCAACUGGACUCUGUGGAUCAUCUCAUUGGUCAACUAGUGCAUGAAAAUGAAAUCUGUGCCUUCAUCUUUGUUGUUCGUCUGGGUCAGUUAACAGAUGCUGAUAAGAUGGGUCUUGAAUGGCUACAGACAGUAUUUGGUGACAGAAUUCUUCAGUUUGUGAUAAUUCUCUUCACUUAUGAGAGAGAAGAAGAGUGUGACACUAUAAUAGAUGAUCUGAAGAAAAACUCUGUCAUGGAGCAGCUGCUGAACAAAUGUGGAGGAAGAUAUCACACCUGCAGCAAGACCAUGAACAACAGAUCAGAGAUGAGAGACCUGAUGAAGGAGAUUGAUCGUCUGUUUAAUGAGAAUAAAGAUCAGUGCUACACUGUAGAAAUGUACAACACACAGUUAAAUAGGCACAGCAACUUACAAAAGAACGAAAAUGACAGUGAUAAACCCACAAUCAAGAAGAAGAGCAUGGAGCACACACCUUCAAGAGAAUUGCAAUACAUACACAAGGGGAUUGUAGGAUAUUAUUCAUCAACACACAUAAGAUUGGAACAACAUCAUAAAAAAGAAAUUAAUGAAAAAGUAAAGCAGCUCUUUGAUCAGCUUCAUCUCAAAAGCCACAAUAAUCUGAGAGCUUCAGAUGUUCUUCAGAUAACAUCACAUUCAUUACAGUCUAAUGAGUCUUGUGCUGAAGAAGACCUGGUGAAGAAUUAUCUGCAGACACUACUGAUGAUGAACUACAGAGCAAGACACAUAACAACUAAAGAAACCAGUGAACAUUAUCACACACUAGAAACAGACAACGCUUCUGAUGAUGAUGAGGGAGAUCUGUUUGAUAUCAUGUCUUCAUCUAAUGCAGUAACAAGUAAAUCAGAUUCUAUUCACCCAAUGGAUGUUCAGAUGGCCGUGUUUCAUUGUGCUGAUAUUUUCCUAAAGCAGCUGAUGGUCACUAAACUCUCUCAGUGUCAGUUUGCUCUUCCUCUGCUUGUUCCUCAUCCAUUCACACAACACAUUGAGUUUCCUCUCUGGACAUUCAGACAAAUCAACAAGAGCUGGAAGAUCAGAAGACCUGACAAUGACAUCAUCAGUAGAGUCCAGUCAGUUUGUAAAGCAGAAACUCCAAUGGUGUCGUUCUUCAGGUUUGGUUCUGUGUCUUCAUCUAAAUCUCAGCUGAUGAACAGUCUGAUCAAUGAGAAACACAACACGUUCUUCACCAGAAACUGUCCAGGCAGCAGCAGAACCAGACUACUGAUGGAUGGAGUGGUGGAGAUCGCCUGGUACUGUCCAUCUGAAAAAAACACAGAUAAAUUUACUGACUGUGUUGCCUUCUGUAAUCUUCAUGGUGAUGCAGGAGACAAUGAGACACAGAUGAAGAUUCUCACUGAAAUGUCUUCAGUCAAUGUUGUUCUUCUGACAAAACUUGACAAGAAUGAUAAAAAUGCAUCCAAGAUACAAGAGCUGUUAAAAAACUCAAAGCCACUCAUAUUCCUUUUUACUGCAGAGGAAUCUGCUGUAUCUAAGGUGAAGAACAGAAAAUACAAAAUUGGUCUGAAAGACAGGAAUCAGUCAGAUGUGUCUGAAGAACUCAGAAGAGCUAUAAAUGAUUGUCUCCCAUCUUCAGGAUCAGCCUCUGUGUUCAGACUUGAAGACGUGUCCAAACACUCAAAUAUCAGAGUAGAUGAAGAAGAUAAUGAAGACUGCAGGAGAGGAAGAGAAGCAGCACAACAGAUGAUGAGUUUAUUGAAGAAUAAACCUCUGAAAGAAAUCAAAGAAUCAUUUCUGCCCCAUCAGGGUGAACUUUGGCAUCUGUGGUGUCAGAAAAACAAAGAACUUCAUCGACCUCAAGGGAAAGACAUAGAACAAGAAAUAAGCAGAAAACAAACAGAAAUGAAGAAGAUUCGUGAAAAGCAACAUGAAUCUGACACGAGUGAGUGUAUAAAGUUAUUUAUUAAACAAAUGACCUCACAUGAUGUUAAGAAGAUGUUUUUCCUGAGAUGGCUCAGAAUCCUCCUCGAUGAAUUCACAUCAGCUGAUCUUUCUGUUUUAUAUCAGAAGUAUAAUAAAAAGUGGUCAACAGUCUUAAAACUGAAAGAAAAUGCUAAACUUAAAUCUGAGGAAGAAGAGCAACUCAAAGCUGAACAAACACAACUUGAGCUAAUAUCUUCAGAUCUUCAAGCAACAGCCUUUGGUCUGGAGCACAUCAUGAGAGAGAUCAGUCAGAUCUAUGAAUCAUGUUUAUAUGUGAAGAAGAACAAAACAGAUCUUGAGUUUGACUUCUCUUCUCUCCCAAGUCUUGCAGCAGAUAUGAUGAUCUCUGGAUUUCCACUGGAGCUGAUGGAUGGAGAUGCUGCUCAUGUUCCUGUCAUGUGGGUUACUGCUGUUCUAGAUAAACUCAUCCAGAAACUGGGAGAUCAGAGAGUGUUUGUUCUGUCAAUUUUAGGGAUUCAGAGCUCUGGGAAAUCCACCAUGCUGAAUGCCAUGUUUGGACUUGAGUUUGCAGUCAGUGCCGGCCGCUGCACCAGAGGAGCUUUCAUGCAGCUGAUCAGAGUCUCAGAAGACAUGAAACAUCAGAUGAAGUUUGAUUAUAUUCUGGUUGUUGAUACUGAAGGUCUUCGGGCUUCUGAACUGGCUGGAAGGUCCACAAGACAUCAUGACAAUGAACUGGCCACAUUUGUUGUUGGUCUUGGAUAUCUGACAUUGAUCAACAUCUUUGGAGAAAACCCGUCUGAGAUGCAGGAAAUUCUUCAGAUUGUUGUUCAGGCCUUUCUGAGGAUGAAGAAGGUCAAACUGAACCCCAGCUGUAUUUUUGUACAUCAGAAUGUUUCAGACAUCACAGCUGGAGAGAGAAACAUGGAGGGAAGGAGACGACUACUGGACACACUGGAUCAAAUGACAGAACUCGCUGCAAAAGAGGAGGUCUAUGAUGCUGAAUGUUUCAGUGAUGUCAUUAAAUUUGAUGUACAGAAUGAUGUGGAGUAUUUUGCUCAACUGUGGGAGGGAAGCCCACCCAUGGCACCACCAAACCCAAACUACUGUGAGAAUGUUGAAAAACUAAGAAAAGCUAUUGUAUCACAUGCCUCAAAUUCAACAGGAAUGAGGCUUACACAUUUAUGUCAGCGGAUUCAGGAUCUCUGGGAGGCUUCGCUGAAUGAACGAUUUGUGUUCAGCUUCAGAAAUUCUCUGGAGAUUUCAGCAUAUAGGAGACUGGAGACAGAAUACAGCAAGUGGACGUGGACUCUUCGCAGUGCUAUUAUGAAGAUUCAGACUAAACUUCACAACCAAAUAGACAAUGAAGUAAUCAAUGAGAUUGUGGAAACAGAUCUUCAGAAAGAACUGGAAGAGAAAAGCGAUGAAGUGACUAAAUCAAUGUCAGAAUUCUUUGAUAAAGACACAGAUUCUGAUAUACUGAUUCAGUGGAAAACUUCAUUUGAAAUAAAACUCUCGGAGCUUCAAGAAAACAUUGUAAAAGAAACAACGUGGAAAUUAAAUGAGAUUCUUCAGCAGCGAGACCUAAAGAGAAAGCUUGAUGCUCAGGGUACACAUCAUGAAAACACUCUCUUAGAAAAGAGCAAAGAACUUGCUUUACAACACAAAGACAAAACAAAUGAUGAAGAAACUCUGAAGAGAGAGUUUGGUGUGUUCUGGGAAGAGUGUGUGAAGAAGAUUACAACAGAUUCUCCUCCAAUCAAAGACAUCGACAUACUGAAAGAUGUGAGAGAACUUCUCAGUGACAUCUAUGAAAGUGUCAAUGUAGACACAUGGAACGACAUCAGGAACAUAUUUACUGUACCAAAUUAUUCAGAUUAUGUUCAGUUAAAGAGAUCCAGUGGAGUAACAGGACAUUUAAAAAAUGUCAUCAAAGCAGCGAAAGAGAAGAUUGGUUUAAAAUUAUCUAAAGAGGAUGAAACACAAAUAAGAACCUUUAUCACAGAUGUUUCUUAUCAUACAGACGAGAUGAUUCAGUCAUAUAAUAUUUCAAAGCUAGGCUACAACAUCAGCUACAUUCAACAACUCACAGAUUACAUCAAAGCAAGAAUAACAGAAUAUGAGAAAGGUCCAGUGAAAUAUGUGUUCAAGAGAGAAUUCUUCAUAGAUUUAUUAUUUUCUAUAUUUAAGAGAGUAAACAAGACAUUGACUGACCAACACAAAAAGUUCAGAGAUGCCAAUGAUCCUGAUCUCUAUCUGGAGAAGAAGAAGAGAGAAUACUACAGUAUUUUCCAGAAAUACUGUCAAGGAGCAACAUCAGCUGCUAUUUUUGGUGAGAUCAUCUGUCAGAAACUGAAAGAACCCAUUGAACAGAGUGUCUACAGACAGACCGCCAGAGAUUUAGCAGAUGAGAUGAGAUCAAACUGUCCAUCACUGAAUGGAAACAGAUCAAAUCUGGAGAAACACAUCCUGAAGAGACUGGCAGAAGAGGAGAACUUUGACAAAUACAUCAACUACAUUCAUAAUCCCAGAGAUCACUUCAAGAGUUUUAUCAGAGAUGAAGUGAGUCAGUACAUCAGAGAUCAGUUCAGUGUCAGUGUUCAGCUCAAGAUGAAUCAGAACAUUGAACUCCUGCAGAAGAAGAUCAUGACAGCAGCACAUAAAUCUACUCAACAUGUUCAAGAGAACAGAGGAAAUGUUGAUGUGUGGUUGAAGUUUUUCACACAGAAGCUCUCAGAUGUUCUGAUGUUCUCUGUGAAGGACUUCAGUGGAGUCAAACAUGAUGAUGUUGAUGAUUACAAACUUCUAGAAGAUGUGAUAAGAAAAGAACUUCCUUCAAUAACAUCUGACAUCACUAGAGAGUUCAGCACAGAUUCAUUUGAUGUUAAACUGGAUCUGAACUACAGAACAGAUGAGAUUGUGAUUGAUCACUUGUGUCAGUGCUGUUGGGUUCAGUGUCCGUUCUGUAAAGCCAUCUGCACCAACACAAUAGAAAACCAUGAUGGAGAUCACAGCGUUCCUUUCCACAGGGUGGAUGGAAUCAAUGGGUGGUUUUACACUAAAUCAAACCAUCUUUGUGUUAACUUUUGUACAACUGUAGUGACAGCGGAACAUGCCAGUUUUAAAGUAGAGACCUCAGAUCAGUGGUUCUAUCACAAAGAAUACAGGAAAGCAGGAGGAGUUUAUGCUGAAUGGAGCAUCACUCCUGAUCUCUCAGAGCUGCCCUACUGGAAGUGGUUCAUGUGCAGAUUCCAGGAUGAUCUGGAAAAAUACUACGAGAGAACAUUCAGAUGUGAAACAACAGAGGAAUGGAGAAUAUACACAAAAAAGGAUGCUAUUGAGAGUCUGGAUACAUAUUUUAAAUGA